AUGUUGCUACACUGGUUCCCCUUCCUUCUCUACCUGCGCAUCUCCACUUGCAUUUCUCUGCCCAACAAACAUGGCUUCAUAAAUACCCUGAACCAUACCAGGGAAACUCUCCCUCACAACAAAAUGAAAAACAGAAGAGGGGUUAUCUUCUCUCAGAUUGAAAUAAAAAUGCCUGCCCUGUCAAGUACCAUGACGUCUGGAAAAAUAGUCAAGUGGAACAAAGACAUUGGAGAGUACAUCAAUCUCGGCGACAUCAUUAUGACGGUAGAAAGUGACAAAGCGGAUAUGGACGUGGAGGCCUUCGACGAGGGAUUCCUCCGCGUGAAGCACAUGGGAGACGGAAGUGAAGCAAAGGUCGGGGACACCCUUGGCAUUCUAACCACGGAGAAAGACGAAAAAAUAGAAUCCCGUAGUGAUGACUCCCCUGAGGAACCCACAGGGGAGAGUUCGCAAAAGGAACAGAUAGACGACGUCCCGCAGGGAAACACCACAGAGACAGACUCAGCCCACGCACAGACUUCACAGCAACAAACAGGUGAGCAAAAAAUAUUUGUACCCUUCGUAAGUAGCAAGAGAAACAGAGCGAGGAUAAUUAAAUGGACCCGCAAAGAAAAUGAUUACGUCGAUAAGGACGAAAUCCUUUUCCAUGUGGAAGACGACAAAAGCACCAUCGAAGUGGAGAGUCCCUGUUACGGCAUCGUUAAAAAAAUAUUUGUCGAAGAAGGACAGUUCGCUGAUUUUGACAAACCGGUCGCCAUCAUCUCCCCCAGGAAGGCAGAAGACCCUCCACAGGAAGAGCAAACACCGGACGCCCAACUCGUAAACGAAGAAAACAUUUUGAGGCACUACGAGGAAACCCUCAGCGGCACCCAGGAAGGAAAACUUCUUCUGCAAAACAUGAGCCCCUCCGACAAGCGAACCAUGGAAGAGCGGCUCCUUCUGAACUGCGACAAGUACAACAACCUUUCUGGGGACUUCUUCAGUUCACGCGGCGAUGAUACACCUGGGAAAGACUCAACAGAUCAGAAGCGGGACACGAUGCCCCCCAAAGGGAGAGACGCUCCAAUUGUUCUUCCCUCCGCAGCCGAGCUGAUGGAACAGAACAAGCUAACCCCAGCGGAUAUUAAAGAACCCAAGAUACCUGGACGUAUGACAUACGAAGACGUGGUUUCACACCUGGAACGCACAAGAGCAGCUACCCCCUCGAAGGAAAAAAUAAUUGAAUUAACAAACGUCCAAAAGGCAAUAAAAAACAACAUGAUGCGUACCCUAUCCAUUCCAGUGUUCCGCAUAACUCAUUUUAUAAAAACAAACGCUCUCCAAAAACUGUAUGAACAAGUUAAGGACAAAAUUAGCAUGACUGUCCUCCUGAGCAAGUGUGUGUCGAAUGUGUUACUGAAGCAUCCCAUCAUUUACUCAACCUUCAUCGAUGAGGGGGAGGGAAAAAUAUUAUUUAACGAAGACGUUCAUAUAGGGAAUGCCUUGGGAUUGAAGAACUCCCUGUUGACGCCUGUCCUCAAGCGGGUUAACAAGACGGAUAUAUACACCCUGGCCGGUGAAUGGAAGAAGCUAGUCGAGAAAGGCAAACAGGGCCUGCUGACGCCCGGCGAAAUGACGGGCAGCAACUUCUACAUCUCCAACCUGGGCAUGUUUAACACCUACCAGUUCGACGCCACACUCCCUCCAAACGUGUCCUGCAUCCUAUCCGUCGGCACGAACAUUGCGAACGUUGAGAAUUUUGAAGACCUGAAGAUCCAGCGGGGCAUGAUGAUGACGCUCACCUGCGACCAUCGCCACAUUUACGGCUCGCACGCGGCUUCCUUCAUGAGCGACUUGGCGGCGUUCGUCGAGCGGGACAUCAUGCAGGUCUUUCUGUAA